AUGUCCACCGAAAUAUCUGAAAAGCCUUUCACCAUCGCUGUCCCUGACGCUGCCUUGGAGCGACUGCGCCUGAAACUCUCCUCGACGAUAUUCCCCGACGAGCUGGAUGGCGCGCAAUGGGCAUAUGGGGUGCCGAUGGCUGACUUGAAGCGCCUUGCCGAACGAUGGGCGGACGGCUACGACUGGCGCAAGCACGAGACGGCGCUCAACGCCGAGCUGCCGCAGUUCACUAGAGACAUCGAGGUCGACGGACAUGGCGCACUGAACAUCCAUUACGUGCACAAGAGGAGCGAGGUCCAGGGUGCAAUACCGCUGCUAUUCAUCCAUGGCUGGCCUGGUAGUUUCCUCGAAGCCCGCAAGAUCGUCCCAAUUCUUACCCAAUCUUCGCCCGGCCACCCUAGCUUCCACUUCGUCGGCUUGGGUUUGCCUGGAUAUGGCUUUUUCCGAGGGACCUACGAAGACCAAGUUUGGGCUGGACCAAUAUGCCGAGUUAGGCAACAAGCUAAUGCUUGCGCUGGGGUACGACGAGUAUGUCACGCAAGGCGGGGAUUUUGGCUUUGCGGUGCGUUCUUAAUCACUCGCCGAAUCGCGACGCUCUAUGGCCACAAACACAGCAAGGCGUGGCACACAAACUUCCCCUGCGGCGACCCUCCCCACCCGCUCCGUCAACCGAUCGAGUUCCUGAAGCUCAUAUUUCUCACGCAGAAAGACAAAGAGAAUCUCGCGCGCAGCAUGGCGUUCUUCGACUCAGGCUCGGGUUACAUGGCGCAGCACACGACGCGCCCCCAAACACUGGCGUACUCCCUUGCCGACUCGCCGGUGGGGCUGUUGGCGUGGAUAUACGAGAAGCUGGUCGAGUGGACGGAUGCGUAUGAGUGGGAUGACGAUGAAGUGCUCACGUGGGUGUCCAUCUACUGGUUCUCGCGCGCGGGCCCCGCGGCGUCGACACGCAUAUACUACGAGACGGCGGGCGGCAGCUUCGAGGGCUUCAAGCGGCUCUUUGGCAUCACCGAGCGCCCCACGAUCCCAUUCGGCACGUCGCACUUCCCGAAAGAGCUGAUCGUGUUCCCGUUAAGUUGGGCGAAGUUCACAGGGAACCUCGUUUUCCAGCAGGCGCACGAGCGCGGCGGCCACUUCGCGGCGUGGGAGCGCCCCGAGGAACUGGUCGCGGACAUGAGGCAGAUGUUCGGGAAGGGCGGCAGCGCGUUUGGCGUCGUAAACGGGAAGGAUGGGUAUUGA